AUGAGACAGAAAAAUGAUCAAGCAUUUACUGCAAUGCUAAACAGAUUCAGAACAGGAACUCAAACAGAUGAAGACAUAGAGGCUAUUCAGUCAAGAUAAAUUAGUCCAACAGAUAUUAAUUAUCCAUCAGAUGCUUUACAUAUAUGGGCAGAAAAUAAGCCAGUAGAUGAGCACAACAGAACGAAAUUAGACAAAAUGUUUAUUGUGAGAGCAACUGAUCAAUAUCCUAACAAUGUAAACAAGAAAGAUAUUGACAGAGUAUUGUCGAGAGGAAGAUCUGAAACAGGUGGACUAGAUUAUGAAUUCCAUUUGAAAGAAACUGCAAGAGUAAUGCUUACAUCUAAUAUUGACAUUGCAGACAGGCUAAUCAAUGGUCAAAUUGGUACUGUACUCAAAAUAGAUACCAAUCCGAACACUCAAAAACCUUCAAUAAUAUACAUCAAGUUUGAUGAUAACAAAGCAGGAGAAAACAAGAUGAAUAAUGGUAAUAAUCAAUAUGCCAAACAACACAAAGUAGUACCUAUAGAACCGAUCUUGGUGAAAAUUAAGGUCAGACCUAACAAGCCAUCCUCACCUGAAAUACAAAGAACACAAUUCACAUUACUAAGGCAAGAUCAUUCUUCAGACAGAUUCUCAAGUUUAGCGCUAUGCACUAAAAACUACAUUGAAAUCAAGGAAUAUGAAUAUCUCCCUGUUUUAAAUGCAAUGAAAUUUGUGCUCAUUAAUCACAUAGUGAUUUCAACAUUAACAUUUACAAUCAAAAUGAACACAAACCACUUGAAACAUUGA